ACGAGUGCAUUCAAAAGAUAACAGUCUCACCACAUCUCUCUCUCAAAUAUCUUCUCAAUCCCAGAAAUUUCUCUCCUCAUAUCAUUUGCAAUUGCUGUUCAUCUGAUGUUUAUGGUUACCGGAACCCUUUAGACCUUUUCUCCAAAAAAUUUCUCGUGCUUACGAGCAUGCGACAGACAUUUUGGUGUCAUAAGCUCAAUCUUUGAAGAAAAGAAUGGUUUUCUUGUUUAUGGGAUAAAAGCUGGGUUCUGGGGUCUGAGAAUUGGGAAGGAAAAUGAGGAGUAGGUGGAAUCGUGUGGUUCAAGACGAGUGGGUUGAUGGGUUGGAGCAGAGCUGUUGGGCUCAGAUGCCUGAGGAGCUGCUCAGAGAGGUGCUUAUCAGAAUUGAGGCGUCUGACACCACCUGGCCUUCCCGGAAAAAUGUGGUCGCCUGCGCCGGAGUCUGCAAGAGCUGGCGCCGUAUCACUCAGGAACUCGUCAAGACGCCGGAAGUCUCCGCCUCGUUGACCUUUCCGAUUUCGGUCAAGCAGCCUGGUCCAAGAGAAUCUCUACUCAAGUGUUUUAUAAAACGGAAUCGGUCUGCUCAGACGUAUUAUCUUUACCUCAGUUUAACUAAUGCACUAACUGAAGAUGGAAAGUUCCUCUUGGCUGCGCGUAAGUGCAGACGUACCACCUGCACAGAUUAUGUCAUUUCUCUGCAUGCUGAUGACAUGUCAAAGGGGAGCAGCACCUAUAUUGGAAAAUUGAGAUCAAAUUUUCUAGGAACCAAGUUCACAGUCUAUGAUGGGCAGCCACCUCAUUCUGGAGCCAAGAUUAUGCGAAAUCGCUCCACUAGGCUGGUGGGUUUGAAACAAGUCUCACCCAGAGUCCCUUCUGGAAGCUAUCCAGUAGCUCACAUCUCAUAUGAAGUGAAUGUGCUGGGUUCUAGGGGUCCAAGGAGAAUGCAGUGUAGCAUGGAUUCCAUCCCUGCCUCAGCUAUUGAACCAGGGGGAGUGACCCCCACACAGACAGAGAUUCGACCCAGCAACCCAGAUGUCUUUCCAUCCUUCUCAUUUUUCCGCUCGAAAUCACACCGUGUGGAAAAUUCUUUAUCAGAACCAUUAGCUGAUAAAAAGGAUGGAGCGCUGGUGUUGAAGAACAAGGCUCCCAGGUGGCACGAGCAGCUCCAGUGCUGGUGUUUGAACUUCCAUGGACGGGUGACAGUUGCUUCAGUGAAAAACUUUCAACUGGUGGCUUCUCCAGAGGAUGGACCUGCAGGCCAGCAACAUGAGAAGAUCAUCCUCCAGUUCGGAAAAGUGGGGAAGGAUCUAUUUACCAUGGAUUACCGGUAUCCAAUCUCUGCUUUCCAGGCAUUUGCAAUCUGCCUCAGCAGCUUUGACACCAAAAUUGCUUGUGAAUGACACAUGACAUUAAAGCCGAAGGUAUGGUGAUUGUAGAGUGGAGUGGGCCAAUGCAAUGAAUACUCAAAUACUGUUUGGGUGAUAUGAUUGAACUGCUGGGCCUGCUAAUGCCCACAUCAAAUGAGAAGAAGCUGGUGGGUUGUUUCAAGGUUUUCAUUUUCUAUUUUGAUCUUUACUUUUAUUUUUAGUGCUCCCAAUGCGGGAAGGCUUCAUGAAAUUUGAAGUAGAAGUUGGGGACUUAAGAAAGAUAGCCCAUGCGCUGUAUGUGGUGUUCCAUCUUUGUACAUAACAACCAUAUUUCAUAAAGAACUACCUCUUUAUUGUGUUGCUACUUUUGCAGACCCCGGAAUGCAAGUUAAAUUUUCCUUGGGGCCA